AUGGAGGCAACGGAGACGGACCCCAGCAAGUUCAUGCCAAACAGCACGUCAAGCAGCGGCGAGCCUCAAGCGCUUACGCUUCACUGGACGUUAGGUAUCAACAAGGACGUCGUUGGCGGUGUGCACAACCUUUCAGAUGCAGAAUCUUCUGACAUGUUCUACGCCGCUGCUCACACGGGCGUCAUCUUCGACUAUAACACCGGGGUCCAGCGGCUGCUGCAGGGCCACGUGAAUCCAAUCUCGGCCACAGCCGUCUCGAAGGACAAGAAGUGGAUUGUGACCGCAGACACCGGUCCAGACAGCAUGAUGGUCGUUUGGGAGCGUGAGCACCAGUCUGAGGAUCCCUGGAGUCUAGUUCAGAGAUCGAGUUCAACCUUCACUCUGGCGAAUUUAGCCAUCCGUGCCGUGCAGGGUCUCGUGUGGCAGUUGGCAAGGUCUGGAACACCGGUCAAGACGUUCUUCAAUCCGCAUCCGUGCGCUCGGGGCGACAUGUGGGAGCGCGCGAAACACGAAACGUCGGCUCAAUCGGGUGGAAUGCGCUUUUGCUGA